CACACACUAUAAUAGUGUCCCAUGUAGUCACCUGGCAGAAAACCGGUGUCCUCCUGGAGCGUCCUGUCGCCUUGGUAACAGACGCGCUCUCCGCACUUCCGGGUUUCCAAAAACGUAACAUUUCUUACAGUGUAUCAUCUCCUCAUGUAGCUAGGUAGCAAUAUCAAUGUUCGUCUGUGGCUCGGUUACUUUAUAAUAUUGAUGAUUCGGUGAUAUCCGCUCUGUUGUUGGUUGGUAAAAAACACACGGGCUAUCGUAAUGUUUGAGUCAGAGCCGCGGGCUGGGGUAACGGAGGAGGAGAGGAGAGAGGCAGAGCAGCUAGAGACAGAGUUGGAUAAAUACUUCUUCACGGUGUUUGACGGCUCGUCUCCUGAAGAUGUGUCUCACGCCAAGCAGCUGUGGACCUCUUUGUCACUGCUGCCUCCGCUAGAGUCCCGCCUGGUCAACGCAGACAUCCGCCAGAGGCUGCCGAUAGCCCGGACAAACAACGAGACACUUCUGGUAGUCGACACCAAUGCUGCUCUCAAACCAUCUUCUUCUGACCAUAGAGAGAGGCUGCAGGAGGUUCGCCAUCAGAAGCAGAGACAGGAGGACAGGCUGCAGGAGGUUCGCCAUCAGAAGCAGAGACAGGAAGACAGGCUGCUGGAGGUUCGCCAUCAGAAGCAGAGACAGGAGGACAGGCUGCAGGAGGUUCGCCAUCAGAAGCAGAGACAGGAGGACAGGCUGCAGGAGGUUCGCCAUCAGAAGCAGAGACAGGAAGAGAGACAGAGAUACAUGGACAUGGUGAGAGGAAACGACCCGGGGUUUGUGUGUUAGAGUAGAGGUGGUAGUGACCAGUGAUAUAGUGGUGUCC